AUGGCCAGCGGCGCCGCGGAGCCCGAGGGCGCCCCGCGCUUCCUGCACGGCUGCGUGCCGCUGUCGCAUCAGGUGGCCGGGCACAUGUACGGGAAGGACAAAGUGGGUAUUUUGCAGCACCCAGAUGGCACCGUGCUGAAGCAGCUGCAGCCGCCGCCGCGGGGCCCCCGAGAGCUGGACUUUUACAGUACAGUGUUUGCUGCUGACUGUGGCGACACUGUCCUUCUAGAACUUCGAAAGUAUUUGCCAAAAUACUAUGGCAUCUGGUCCCCUCCCACUGCACCAAAUGAUUUGUACCUAAAACUGGAAGAUGUGACUCAUAAAUUCCACAAGCCCUGCAUAAUGGAUGUAAAGAUAGGGCAGAAAAGCUAUGAUCCUUUUGCCUCAUCUGAGAAGAUCGAGCAGCAGGUCAGCAAGUACCCACUCAUGGAAGAGAUCGGGUUCUUGGUGCUUGGCAUGAGGGUGUAUCACACUCACUCUGACAGCUAUGAGACGCACAACCAGCACUACGGCAGGAGCUUGACAAAAGAAACCAUAAAAGAUGGCAUCUCCAAGUUCUUUCAUAACGGCUUCUGCCUACGGAAAGAUGCAGUUGCCGCCAGCAUCCAGAAGAUCGAGAAAAUCCUCCAGUGGUUUGAAAAUCAGAAACAGCUCAGUUUCUAUGCUAGUUCAUUACUGUUCGUUUAUGAAGGUUCAUCUCAGCCAGUGGCUGUGAAACCCAGCGACAGAACUUUGGCAGGGAUGUUUCUAUCCAAAGGACCACUGGCAGACACGGACGUGCUGGAGUUCAAUAACAACUUUCGAGUGCUAGGUGCCCCCGCAAACGGCACGACAGUGGGCAAAAGCUUGUCUAAGAUGUAUGCCCGGCAUAGGAGGAUGCACUCAAAGAAGCCCCACAGCCAGGUGUCCCUGAAGGCUGGCAGCAUGGAGCACGACAGUGGGUGGAAAAGUAUGUCGCAGGAACACUUGAACGGAAAUGUGCUUUCUCAACUGGAAACAGUCUUGUGCCACCUUCCCGCUGGGUGCCAGGAGAUGGCCAGCGUGGAAGUCCGCAUGAUAGAUUUUGCUCAUGUGUUUCCUAGCAACACAGUGGAUGAGGGAUAUGUGUAUGGUCUGAAGCAUUUAAUGAAGGUGCUCCGAAGCCUUCUAGACUGUUGACUCUUGCUGCCGUUUCGCAGGAGUGGCCAGUGAGUGUGGAGAGCAGCCGUCCUUAGCUCUGCACCUGUCACACUAUGUAAAACAUUUGUAUUGUGACUCAGCAUCUUAUUGUCUUUAUACUUUUGGUAGAAAGGUUAACUUUUUUCUAUUCUUACUCAGGAAUACUAAUUUGUUCAUUAGAAAACUAUGAAGAAUAAAGAACCAGGAAUGUUAAGCAGGGAAUGCUUAUGUACCUAUUGGGCUCAAGCAAAAUGCAAACCUUCAUUCAUUCACUGAGAGUUCAUUUAGCUUUCCAGUUUAUCAUGAAAUCCCUUUUUAGCCAACCUUGAUAGUGAGCCGUAUCUAGACGAUUGCAGUGUCAGAAGAUCUUCAGAAAUCCAGAGAGCACAGAUUGAUGUCCUUGGUGUCACUUAGGUUUGCAGUUACUAAAACUGGAGAAAAUUCCACUGUUGAGCAUUGUUUAGGUUUUCUAUCACAAGUCCAGACCAGCAAAUCAAAUGGUGCUUCCUAGUGAAAAGAUUAAAAGCUGUUCAUCUCGCACAUGGGUUUCCCUCGUAUAAACAUCUCCUGGCAAGGAUGAGUGAAAUGGACAGUGACAGCAGCAACAAAAGUCUAGCAAUUAAGGGUGCUGGUUGUUCUCACUCGGGUCGGGGGAAGAGAGUACAUAUUCGUAAAGAACAAAGUUUUCUUCCUUUCUAAGGUUUUUCAUUUGUGGCAAAAUUGGAGUCUGCUGCAUUGUGAAAAGUUAUAAACUACAGUUUUUUGUUUUUUUUUUUUUUCCCUGAAAGUGAGGUUCACAAGGCAGUCAGCUAAACUUUGUUUAUUUCUUAAAUAUUUUUGGCGUUUUUUUUUUCCUUUAUAAAAUUGACGUAUUUAUGAGUCCUCAUUAGUUAGACAGUAGCACAAAUGUACACCACUAAAACUAGUGUUUGUCAGAAUCUCGUUAGAGAUGAGCAACAGGGCACUGCGUAAGGGUGUGCAGUGACCAGGCGCCCACCAAGCCCUGUGCUUCCGCUCACUCAGUUCAAGCAGCUCUGUACUGUGCUGAACAGAGGCGUUACUGCCGUUUCAAAACGACCUUUGUUUUACGCAUACCCCUCUACCCCUCGUAACUAUUUAUCAUUGAAAAGAUUUAAAAUUUUGCAGUUAAUCUGGCAAAUAUGGAUCAGUGUCAGUACAUGUCAUAUUUUUGGACUCUGAUUCAAUAAUAACAUAUGUGAGUAAUUGAACAGUUUUGACAUAUGUCUAAAAAUGGUUUUAUGUUGUGACUUGUUAGACUUCUUCACCGUUUUCCCUUAAGAUUGCAAAUUAAACUUUUAAAUUCAAGUGCCAUUUUUUUUCUUUUUCUUUUUUUUUUUUGUGGUGUGAAGGGAAUUUUACAUUUGUCAUAGCUUCCCAAAUACCUGUGUUGGAACAUGGGCACUACAUAAAAUCCCUGAGGACUUUAUGGUUAGUAAAUAUGUUAGCCCCAAAUAACUCAGAUGCUUAUAACAUCUUAUUUAGAAGGGUGGAAGGUAUUUUUUCUAAGGAGUGUCAAUAGAAAAUUUGUACUUUUACCUUUUUUUCUUUUUUUUUUUCUUUUUGUUGUUUGU